CGUCAGACUCUGUCCGUCACACCACGCUGAGCAGGGCUUUGUCCCCUGCUCAUAGUGGACUCAUUCCAUCCACAACUCGGUCCAUCAGCACUAGCAGCAGCCACAAUAAUAAUGGUAUGGGUUUUCGACCGGGUGAAUGUCUCUAUCUGUGCCUCCGGUAUCUGUUUACACAUGAUGGGCCGGCCCGACACUGCUGUGAGAAAUAGAUAAAGGUAUAUCCAAAAUACCUCCCGAGUUGCGAACUGCGGUCCGAUCAUCGUUUCGCCGGUUAGUCCGCGCUGAACUACGAACCAACCCAGAAGUACGCGCUCUUGCCUGCAUGUGGUACCUAAUCUUGUUGUCCAGGUGCGAAAGUGUUAAUGUGAUAAAGUCGGUGGACGACGGAGCCGAUGAAGCGUGAAUUGUGACACCCGAUCGUCCGAAACGGGGAGUUGUUUUCGUUGACCAUCCUGCACGGAGAGAUAGUGGUGGUUUGAUAAGCGCGGACGUCCGCUAGGGCAAACUUGAUCGAAUGUGAAUCGUCAUCAUCAGUGUUUCCGAUAAGUGUCUGCCGAAAAGGUGGAACAUAUUCGCUAAGGCGCGAAAGUGAUUACGGUUUGAGUCAGAAUCGCACGAAAAGCAAUCUCGAGGUUCUAAAUAGUCAUACAAAGUGGAUAAGUGAAUUAAGUGAGUGGAGUAAGAAGACCAUUACGCAAUCCGAAGCAAUCGCCAAACUGGAUUAAACAUGUCGCUGUACAAUCGAUACAGCAGAAGAUACGCAGGUUCACAGUAUGAGCCAGGAGGCUACGCAAGCCAGAUACAGCAACGCUCCAACAUGACGCAACGCGAGGGCAUCAUCAAGUUCGAGAACGAACGCAUCAAGACCCUGCAGGAGGAACGGUUGCACAUCCAGAAGAAAACGUUCACAAAAUGGAUGAACUCGUUCCUGGUCAAGGCCAAGAUGGAGGUCGACGACCUGUUCACCGACCUGGCCGACGGCAUCAAACUGCUCAAGCUGCUCGAGAUCAUCUCGGGCGAAAAGCUCGGCAAGCCAAACAACGGCCGCAUGCGGGUCCACAAGAUCGAGAACGUCAACAAGAGCUUGGCCUUCCUGCACACCAAGGUCCGUCUCGAGUCCAUCGGAGCGGAAGACAUUGUCGAUCACAAUCCCCGGUUGAUUCUGGGCCUCAUCUGGACCAUCAUCUUGCGGUUUCAAAUUCAGGAGAUUGAAAUCGAUGUGGACGAGGAGAACGAGUCAUCCGAGAAGAAAUCCGCCAAAGACGCCCUUUUGCUGUGGUGCCAACGCAAGACCCAGGGCUACCAACAUGUGCACAUUACCGACUUCACAAACUCGUGGCGAUCUGGGUUGGGCUUCAACGCGCUCAUCCACUCGCACCGGCCGGAUCUGUUCGACUACAAUAGUCUCAUGCCGGGCCGGAACAUCGAGAACCUCAACCACGCCUUCGAAGUGGCCGACCGGGAACUUGGCAUCCCUAGGCUGCUGGACGCCGAAGACAUCGACACGGCCCGGCCGGACGAGAAAUCGAUCCUGACGUACGUGGCCAGCUACUAUCACACGUUCGCCCGGAUGAAGAACGAACAGAAGGGCGGCAAGCGAAUUGCGAAUAUCGUCAACAAACUGAUGGACGCCGACAAGAAAAAGAUGCAGUUUGAAAACCUCAUCACCGAUCUGCUGAGCUGGAUCCGGAACAAGACGACCGAGCUGGAGAAACGGAACUUCCCCAACUCGGUCGAGGGCAUCCAGAGGGAGCUGCUAGCAUUCAAAGAGUACCGAACCAUCGAGAAACCACCCAAAUACAAGGAACGGUCAGAGAUCGAAGCUCUGUUCUUCCACGUCAACACCCUGCUGAAAUCGCUGAACCAGCCCCACUACACCCCACAGGACGGAAAGAUGAUCAACGAUAUAGAGAAGGCAUGGCAGCGGCUGGAAAACGCCGAACACAACCGAGAAGUGGCCCUCCGAGAAGAGCUGCUCAGACAGGAAAAGCUAGAACAGCUGAACUACAAAUUCGAAAAGAAGUCAGUACUGCGAGAAGGAUACCUCAACGAAAUGAUCCAGGUCCUGUCAGAUCCACGCUACGGAGCGAACAUUCGACAGGUGGACGCCACGGUCAAGAAGCACGAAGCCAUCUCCGCCGACAUACUGGCUCGAGCGGAUCGGUUCAACGACCUCACGGACAUGUGCAAUGAACUACACAACGAGAACUACCACGGAAAGGAGCGGGUUAAGAAACGGGAAACCGAAGUCAUCGGCAAAUGGAAAGAACUGCUAGAACUACUGGAAAAUCACAAAGUUAAACUAACACAAAUGAGCGGGCUAAUGAACCUCCUGCGGGAAAUCGACGCCACCAUGAGCACAAUCCAAGCCCUGAAGGUGCAAUUCGCUUCCGAAGAUGUUGGACCGCAUCUACUCGGAGUUGAGGAACUCCUACAAGCACAUUCCCUUUUGGAACUCCAAGUCACCACAUUAGGUGAAACCCAGCGAAGAUACAUCCGACAAGGAGAAGCAUUCAAAAAGUCUGGAACAAAGGACACCAGCCAGCUUGAUCAGAAGCUCGCAGAACUAGCAAAGUCCUACGAAGAGCUGCAAGGCUGCAGUGCCGAACGCCGAGCACGUCUAGACGAAGCCCACGAUUUCUACCAAUUCGUAGAAGAUCACGAAAACGAAGAAGGCUGGCUGGUAGACAAACAGCGCAUCUGCAAGGCCGGUAUAACGGCCAAAGAUCUGCGCGCCGUUGUCUCCCUGCAGCAGAAGCACAAAGCCCUCGAAGACGAGAUGAAAGUCCGCAAACCGAAGACCCUGCAAAUCACCGAAGCCGGCAAGAAACUGAUCACCGACAAACACCCCCGUAAAGCGGACGUACAAACCAAAAUCGAAUCCCUCCAGGAACACUGGAAAGCCCUCGAAGACCUGGCGGACGUACGCAAGCGCCAGCUGGACGACGCUGCCGAGGCGUACCAAUUCUACGCCGACGCCAACGAGGCCGACUCGUGGCUCAACGAAAAGAUGGCGCUGGUCGCUUCUGACGACUUCGGAGUCGACGAACCUUCGGCACAAGCCUUACUCCAACGCCAUCGGGAUCUACAGGGCGAACUGAACGCCUACUCCGGAGACAUCCUCAACCUGAACCAACAGGCCGACAAACUUAUCAAAGCCGGCAUCUGCACCCUAGAUCUAUCGGCCGAACCCGAACCGGCUCAAGAACUGGAACAAGAAGAAUGGGUCAACGAGACCCGCUUGGUCCCCAAAGAAGUAUGGGAAGAGGAACCCGUCGAACGGUUGGAACAUAAAACCGUCACAGAAAACAAACUUCUUCCUCACGUCCGAGCGCUGUAUCCCUUCGAGGGACAAGGCAUGAAGAUGGCCAAGAACGAAAUCAUGAUCCUUCAAAACAAGACCAACCCAGACUGGUGGAACGUCCGCAAGCUGGACGGCUCCGAAGGCUUCGUCCCGGCCAACUACGUCAAAGAGAUCGAGGCACGCCCGGUCCCAUGCCUUAUUCGCAAAGCCGAAAAGGUCAAAGUGAUGCAGAAAGUGAAAAAGACUAUUCUGGUCAAGCAGGUCGUACCGGUGAAGCGCGUCCGGCCGGCGAAGGUCAGCCAGGUUAAACCCCUGGUCAAACGACGCACCGAAGGAGACACCUCGAUCGACAGCAACGAUAGCGUCGACAAGCGCCAAAAGGACAUCAACAGCACGUACGAUCAGCUGCAGGAACUGGCUGAGAGGCGUCGAGCCUUGCUGGAAGACUCAAUCUGUCUGUUCCGUUUCUACCGCGAGUGCGAUGACUUCGAGAAAUGGAUCAAAGACAAGGAGAAGAUGCUGCGUACCGAUGACCCCAAGGACAACGUCGAGAGCGCCAAGAGGAAGUUCGAAACUUUCCUCACCGAUCUGUCCGCUUCGUCGAAGCGAGUGGAAGCCAUCGACUCCGACGUCGAAGACUUCGUCCGACAGGGACAUUCCCAACUGGAUAAGGUCAAAGCUCGUCAGCGACAGAUUCAUCAGAUGUGGGAACAUCUGAACUACCUGAAGGGACAGAAGGAGAAGAACUUGGAAGGGGCGUCCAGUGUUGAGCUGUUCAACCGCACCUGCGAGGAAGCCAUCGACUGGAUGAACGAGAAGAUGACCCAACUGGAUACGGCCGAGGUUGGUCCAGAUCUGAAGACCGUACAGGCUCUUCAGAGGCGACACGAGAACCUCGAACGGGAACUCGCACCCGUACAAGAAAAGGUAAGCCGAGUUAACCUCCUCGGAAAUACGGUGAAGAACUCGUAUCCAUCCGAGAGAGAUAACGUCACCGAGAAGCAGAAGGACAUCCAGGCCCUUUGGCGGAAAGUCGAGGAGAAGGCGAAGGAACGCAGAUCGCGCUUGGAGAACGCCGUCGGUCAGCAGAUCUUCACCAACAGCUCGAAGGCUCUGUUGAACUGGAUCGAUGGAGUUCAUAACCAGCUGAAUGCAGCGGAGCCUGCUAGAGACGUCGAAACCGCAGAAAACUUGUGGAAGAAGCACAACGAUCUUGGCGAAGACAUCAAAGCUCACGACGAUGAAUUCAAACAGCUAUCGCAACUCGGUAAGCAGCUAAUGCAACGAAAUCCCAAUCUAGUGGAUGUACCAGAAACUCUAAAGAAGCUGGCCGAUGAACAAGAGGCGCUCUACGCGGCAUGGAAGGUCAAAGAGCAGAAACUGCAGCAGUGCAUUGAGCUGCAGGUGUUCAACCGGGAAGCGGAUAAGAUCGAUGCCACCACUAAGAGUCACGAAGCUUAUCUGGAGUACGACGAUCUGGGUAGCUCAUUGGAUGACGUUGAGGCCAUUCUGAAGCGCCACACCGAUUUCGAAAACAGCCUCGGAGCUCAGGAUAAGAUCCUGAAGAAUUUCUCGGAAGGGGCUGAUAAGCUGAUUCGGAACAAUCAUUACGAUGCAAAUUACAUUGCCGAGCGACGGGAUCAGGUCCUGCUGCGAAGGGAGAGGGUCAAGGAUUUGGCUCAAAAGAGGCGCAAUGCGCUGCAGGCCUCCAAGGACUUCCAGAAGUUCAGUGCCGAUGUGGAUGAUUUGAACGUCUGGUUGGCGGAUAAGGCCAAGAUUGCUGGCGACGAAAGUUACAAGGAUUUGACUAAUCUACCUCGAAAAUUGCAGAAGCACAAAGCAUUCGAGCGGGAACUUCGUGCGAAUGAGGGACAGUUGCGCACAGUUAACAAAGAGGGAGAAGCAUUGAUAAAGACAAACAACCGUGCAGAAGAAGUGACGUCAAUGCUCGCAGCGGUGAACCAGAAGUGGAAGGAUCUGAAUCAAUCCUCGCUGGAGAAGGGCAGACGACUGGAGCAGGCUUCUCUGCAGAGAGAGCACAACCGCAACAUUGAGGAUGCCAAGAGCAAACUGGAGGAGUUGGGUGCUGCGCUGCAAAGCAAACAGGUCGGUAGCGAUCUGCGCAGCUGCAAGGAUUUGAUGAACAAGCAUCAGAUCUUGGAGAACGAUGUGGGCAUGUGGGAGCAGAAGGUAGCCGAAUUGGUGACUUCCGGCGAGGAGAUGGCCCAUGAGGGACAUUUCGAUGCGAACAACAUCAAGAACGAGACGAAGAAGCUGCAGAACCAGUUCAAGCACUUGAAGGGACCGGCGGCAAAGCGACGCGAAGCGUUGGAUGAGAGCUUGCGCUUCCACAAGUUUGUGUUUGAACUGGAUGCUGAACUGCAGUGGAUUAAUGAGCAUCUACCGGCUGCAAGUUCCGAAGUUAUCGGACAGAACUUACACCAGGCUCAGAGUCUGUACAAGAAGCACAAGAAAUUGGAAGCGGAAAUUGAGGGCCAUCAGCCCAUGAUCAACCGUACGUUGACCUCGGCAGAAAACCUAAUCAAUCAGGAUCACCCGGAGAAGGCGAAGGUCAAAGAGCUGUGCAACACGCUGGAGCUAGCUUGGAAUGAUCUACAGGAGAAGGGCAAUGAGCGUUCCAAGAAGCUGGAACUAUCGCUAAAGGCGCAGCAAUAUCUGUCGGAAGCUGGGGAGAUCGAGACCUGGCUUGGAGAGCGCAACAAUGUGCUGCGAUCGACGGAUUACGGGCGGGACCGUGACUCCGCUACCAAACUGCUGACGAAGCACAAGGGCAUCGAACUGGAGCUGGACACAUAUUCGGGAAUUGUGUCGGAGAUGGGUCACGCUGCAUCGGCCAUGGUUUCGUCGAAACAUCCGGACAGUAAGGUGAUCGCAGCCAAGCAGCAGCUGAUCGAGAAGAUGCUCAAGUCACUGCAGAAGCUGGCAGCUCAACGGCAGCUACGGUUGAUGGAGAGUUUGUACCGGCACGAGUACUUUAUGGAGUCCGCCGACUUGGAGCAGUGGAUCAAGGAGCAGGAGCAGGCCGUCAACUCGGAAGACUACGGCCAUGAUUAUGAACAUUUAUUGAUCUUGAAGAACAAGUUUGACGACCUGAAGCACCGCAUCGAAGUCGGAGCCGAACGAUUCAACCAGUGUGAGGAGUUUGCCAAGAAGCUCAUCGGCAGUGACAGUCCAUACGUGGCGGACAUCGAGAAGCGUCAAGAGCAGCUAAGCAAUUGCUGGCAGAAUCUGCUGAAGCAACUGGCAGCUCGCGAGAAGAAGCUACAUGCCGCCGGUGAAAUCCAUCGUUUCCACAGAGAUGCCGCAGAGGCCCUGUUCCGCAUUCAGGACAAAAAUGCCGCCCUAUCUACGGAAUUGGGCAAGGAUCUGAACUCGGCCUUGGCUUUGAGUCGCAAGCAGGAAGCCUUCGAGAACGAACUGGUCGCCCUGGAGGCCCAACUGCAGUUCUUGGUGGACGACUCGCUGCGUCUGCAGGCCAAGUACCCCGGUGACAACGCCAAGGCCAUCGCUGCCGAACAGGAAAACGUCAUUCAGGCGUGGAACAUCCUGAAGGAGAAGUCCGCUCUGCGUAACGAUCAACUGCAGGCCAGCUGCGAUCUACAGCACUUCCUCACCCAGGUGCGGGACCUGAUGUCGUGGGCCACGAAUCUACGAGCGACCCUGCAAGCCGAGGAGCAUGUCAGUGACGCCACCGGAGCUACAGCUUUGAAGAUUCAACACGAUGCAAUCUACGGCGAAAUCGAGGCACGAGAAGAGACGUUCCGUUACCUGAACGAACUAAGCGAUUCGAUGGUUCAGACGGGUCACUACGCUGCUACUGAAGUGGAAGAAAAGUGUUCUGCGCUUCUGGAUGAACGCGCCAAGCUGCACUCGGCUUACAACAAGAAGAAGAUACUGCUGGAACAGAAGAUCGACCUGUUCUGCUUCAUGCGGGAUGCCAAGGUCAUCGAUAAUUUGAGCAGCGGCCAGGAGGCGGCGCUCUCCAGCUCUGAUUUUGGACAAACUGUAGAGGUAGUCCAAGACCAGAUCAAGAAACACGACGCUUUUGAAAAGCUAAUCCAAACGCAAGAUGAAAAGGUUGCGAUUCUCCAAGACCAUGGAAGAAAACUGGUCGAACAGAAUCACUACGACAGUGAAAACAUUAGACGACGACUUCGAGAAAUCGUAGAUCGCAGACAGAAGAUUAAGGAGCUGUGCGCCUUAAGACGUCAGAAGCUCCAGAAUGCCUUACUGUACACCCAGUUCAUUCGUGACUGUGCCGAAGCCGGCACAUGGAUCAACGAGAAACAGAAGAAACUGGAAGCCGAUGCCACGAGCUUCGCCGAUGUUUCCAACAUGGAAGACAAGGUCAAAAAGCUCCAGAAACAUCAAGCCUUCCAGGCCGAAGUGGCAGCCAACGAAGGUCGAAUCAGAGAGGUUAAGCAGAAGGGCGAGAUGUUGAUCAAGAAGCGACACGAGUGUGCAGCAGAAAUCGAGGAUGAAGUGCGAAAGUUGAGCGAAUCUUGGAACGUUUUGUUGAACGAAGUGGCUUCACGAGGUCGCGGUCUGGAGGAAGCUCAGGACAUUCUUGAGUUCGACAGCCAGUUGGACAAACUGGAAGCUUGGAUUCGCGACAAGGAAAUGAUGGUCCAUGCCAGUGACACCGGUCGAGAUCUGGAACACUGCAAUGCUUUGAAACGGAAGUUGGACGACGUCGAUUCGGACAUGAGAGUGGACGACCAGAGGAUCAAAACUAUCAACGUUCUGGCGGACAAACUCCUCACUCAGGACAAAGUCCCGAACGAGGCCAAGAACGUACAACAGCGCCGAAACAACUUCAACAACAAGUGGAAGUCCCUGCAAGGAGCUCUGAACAAGUACCGAGAACUUCUGGACGGAGCCUACGAAAUCCAUGUGUUCAACCGCGACGUUGACGACACAGCCGAGCGAAUCAGCGAGAAGCAGGUUGCGAUGAGCGUGGACGACACCGGCAGAGACCUGAACGCAGUAGAAGCGCUCAAGCGUAAACAAGACGCCAUGAAACGUGACAUGACUGCAGUUCAGCAGAAAAUCCAAGAACACGAAAAGAGAGCUAAACUACUGGCCCAAAAGUACCCUGAUAAUGCGGUUAACAUCGAAGAGAAACUAGCAGAACUUAAGCGACAGUGGAACAACCUGCAGGAAGCCAGCGUAAAACGAGCGGAAGCUCUGGAGAAUGGCUACACGGCGCACAAGUUCACAGCGGAUGUCAAAGAACUCGAGCUGUGGACCAACGACAUCAUGAAGAAAAUGGACUCGUCCUCCAAUCCUACCACGAUCGCCGAAUGCCAGGCGCAAAUUCAGCUUCACCGAGAGCGAAAGGCUGAAAUCGAUGGCAGAGACAAGAUCUUCAAGGCCCUACAGGAGCACGGCGAACGGCUCGUGGCGAAUAACAAAGCCAUGGGUGUCAAGAAUGAUUACGUGGAGAAGGCAUUACGCCAGCUGGAAGAUUUGAACAAACAUCUGCACGAUUCCUGGAAGGGUAAGGAUCGUUUCUUGAAGGAAGCCUACCAGUUGCAGCAGUUCAAGGAACAGGCGGAUCAAAUUGAAGCCUGGUUGGCCAACAAAGAAGCGUUUUUGAACAAUGAUGAUUUGGGAGAUACGUUCACCGCGGUGGAAGCGCUGAUCAAGAAGCACGAAGCGUUCGAAAAGCUGCUUGCUGCCAGCAGAACCGACGAGUUGGAGAAGUUCGCUGAGGAGAUUCUGGCGGAGAGUCCUUUCGAAGCGGAUGUAAUCAAGCAGCGCCUCUGCUCGGUGAUCGCCAGGAAGAACAAACUGCUGGCCUCUUCGGCAGCUCGCAAACAGAAGUUGCAAGAAUCACUUCAGCUGCAGCAGUUCCUGCGAGGAUUGUACGAGGUUGCCAAAUGGAUCGCACAGAAAAUGCAGGUCGCUUUGGAUGAAAAUUAUCGCGAGCCUAGUAAUCUUCAAAGCAAGAUCCAGAAGCAUGUCGCUUUCGAUGCUGAAUUGGGAGCGAACUCUACCCGUGUGACGGCAAUCAUCGAUGAAGGCGAAACGCUCAUCAACGCAGAACACUACGCUAGUGAGCUGGUAAAAGAGCAGCUAGAUAUUCUGGAGGCCGACUGGCAGAAGCUGCGUGAAGCUUCCCGCGAGAAGAAGGAAUGUUUGGCCGAAGCCUAUGAAGCGCGACUCUUUGAGCGCAACCUGGACGACUUUAAUAACUGGAUGGACGAAGUUGAAGGCCAGCUGUCGUCGGAAGACUACGGCAAGGAUCUAGCUUCCGUUAACAACCUGCUGAAGAAACAUGAAAUGCUGGAAGCGGACGUCGCUCACCAUUUGGAAACUUGCGAGCAGAUCAAGGCUGCUGACGACAAGUUCCUCGUUUCCGAUCACUUCAUGAAAGACGAACUUCACGAAAGCGCUAUGAUGACUAUCAAGCGUUACCAUUCGCUCCAUGAGCCAACCACCAUACGGCGGGACAACUUGGAGGAUUCCCUUCAGCUGCACCAAUUCUUGCGCGACGCAGAAGACGAACUGUUGUGGUUGAACGAGAAGGAACCACUGGCGGCGUCAAAGGAUCUUGGCAGCAGUCUAACCGCUGUUCAGAGCCUACAAAAGAAGCAUCAAGCCUUGGAAGCGGAAAUCCUCUCGCAAGAACCGACCAUCUCCGCUUUGAUCCAAAGAGGACAGCAGAUGAUCCGCGAAAACCACUACGCCGUGGAGCAGAUCGAGAGUCAGUCGAAUUUGCUACAGCAAAAGUUGGUGAAUCUGAGGGAUUUGACCAACGUGCGAAGACUACGGCUGCUGGAUGCGGUCGAGAGCCAACAAUUCUACGCUGAAGCCAACGAAGCGGAGUCCUGGCUCAAGGAGAAGAAGCCAAUCAUUUCAUCACACGAUUACGGAAAGGACGAGGAUUCAGUUGGAUCAUUGCAGAAGAAACUCGAUGCGCUGCAGCGUGAGCUGGUGGCUUUCAAACCAACUGUAGAGAAAAUCGAUAAACUGGCUGUUGGAUUGCAGGAGCGAGGACACUUCGACAGCGAGAAGAUCAAGACAAAGAACGAUAAGAUCCAGUACCAGUUCCAUGAGCUGAAUCGGUUGGCAGGCGAACGGGAGAAGAAGCUUGCCGAGACGAAGAAGCUGUUCGAGUUCAUCCGGGAAAUUGACGAUCUGCAGGAAUGGAUCGAGAUGCAAAUGACCACGGCUGGAUCCGAGGAGUACGGAACCGAUGUGGAACACGUGGAGCAACUGACGGCCCAGUUUGAGUCGUUUGUUUCGAACAUGAACUCCAAUGAGGCGCGCGUGAAUGCUUGCGUGGCGAAGGGCGAAUCGUUGUUGAACGAGGGCAAUCCGAACAAGGACAUCAUCAAGGGCAAACGCGAUGAAACGAAACAGCUGUGGGAAGAGCUGAAGGACUUGGUUGUGGCUCGGCAGGAAGCGUUGGCCGGUGCGAAACAGGUGCACGUAUUCGAUCGCACAGCCGAUGAAACAAUCGGAUGGAUUAACGAAAAAAUCUCGGCUGUCCUAUCGGAAGACUACAGUCACGAUUUGGAAACGAUUCAGGCCUUGGUGCGAACACACGAAGGCUUCGAAGCGGAGCUGGGUGCCAUCAAGGAACAGCUGGAAUCAGUGGUGGCCGAAGCACAAAAACUCGGCGAUACUUUCCCCGAUGCCAAAGCAAUCGAAGUUAAGCGGGACGAAACGAUCGAAGCAUGGUCCGAGCUGAAAGAGAAGACUAUUCAGCGUAAAGAGAAGCUCAUGCAGGCCGAGCAGCUGCAAGCCUAUUUCGAUGAAUAUCGGGAUCUGAUGGCGUGGAUCAACGAAAUGUUGGCGCAGAUUACGGCGCCUGAGCUGGCUAAGGACGUGGCCGGAGCUGAAGCUUUGAUCGUCAAAAUCAAAGAACACAAGACGGAGGUCGAUUCGAGAAGCGAAGCGUUUGAAACGUUCUACAAAACGGGCAAUAAGCUGAUCAAGGAUGGACACCUCUUGGCGAACGAAGUACAGGUUAAGAUCGGUGUAUUGGAACAACGAAAGCGCCUCUUGGAUAAUACUAUUUCGCAGCGAGCGGAGAUCUACGAGCUCAACCUGGACACGCAGCUAUUCUUGAAGGAGGCAGAAGUGAUCGAGAGUUGGAUUAUUACGCGACAGGUUCAGCUCAAGGACGGCAAGCUGGGAGAUUCCAUCGCUCAGGUCGAAGAUCUUAUUCGGAAGCAUGAAGACUUUGAAAAAACCGUGGCAGCGCAAGAGGAGAAGGUACUUGCGCUGAAGCGAAUCACGCUACUGGAACAGAAGUUCAAGAAACAACUGGAAGCCGAGCAUGCUGCCCGCAUAGCCGAGAAGGAACGAAUCGAGCGUGAACGGCACGAAGCGCUGAAACAGAAAGAAGUGCAGCGAAUCACCGAAGAGCGGCGAAGACACGAUGCCAACUCAUCUGCCGUCAACGGUUACGACACCCCUAUCAAGUCGUCAACACCUAGUCAUCUCUCGCCAGCGAGUGCAGCUGGAUUGUCCAAGGAAGCUCCUGAUAUGUCACCGGUGCAAAAGUCUAAUUCGUUCGCCACGAUGCUUCAAGAACGUCUGCGUCGAGGUUCCGAAGGUAACAUCAAACGAGCGGAAAGUAUGAAGAUCGGUCCGAAGCCGGCCAAGCGAACGCCAUCGUUUACGACUAGGCGGAGAGCCCAGAGUUUCCGCAAGAAUCAGCGUGGACUUGAACCGGCCGAAUCCGAUCUACCACCGGUGGAGAUGCAAGGAAUGCUGGAGCGAAAGCAUGAGUCGCAAUCCGGCGGAAAGAAGGCUCCCGUUCGAUCGUGGAAACCCUUCUACACCGUGCUGUGUGGACAGCUGUUGUGCUUCUUCAAGGACGUAGAGGACUUUGCCCAGAAGAAGGCAGCCACCGCUCCGGUCAACAUCCUUAGUGCAAAAUGCGAACGAGCCGAAGACUACACCAAGAAGAAGAACGUCUUCCGGUUGGUGUUGCAGGACGCAUCGGAGUUCCUGUUCUUGACCGGAUCGAAGGAAUCGAUGAACGAGUGGGUCAACAAGAUCGCCUUCCACGCUGCCCUGCCUCCCAAUCUGCAGCUGAUGAGCUACGACGAAUCGAUGAAGAUCAAUCCCCAAUCCCCAAUCCUGGACCGUAGCGAUGCCAACUCGUCCAUCAGCUCGCGAACCUCGUCGCCGGAUUCGCAGCGACGGGAUUCCCGAGCGUCGUUGAACAGUGCCAAAUCCGGUGGAUCCGGUAGCAAUGCCAGUAGCAGCCUCCAAACUCCGCAGAUCGCUUUUCUGCAGAAGCAGAAGGAACUUAGAGAGCAAGAGAAUCAGCAAAGGCUAUCGCAGCAGCAGCAACAACAACAGCAGAACAUCAGUACCUUCCAGACGCCACAGAGUCCAACGCAGGAAUUCUACGGACUAGCCGACAAACCUCCAAUACCGCCGAGGGGCGUUCCACCACCCGUACCGCAACGACAGUCCAGCACAGAAAACGUCCUAAACAACAACGUCAGCAGCAAUAGCACAGUACAAAUUCGACCCAAAACUAGCAGUGGGAGCAGUGGUAGUUACAACGGAAAUGACUACGACAACGGCAACUACACCAAUGCGCCUCGACCCUUCUCCCAUCAACCGAAUACAGCCACCCAACGAGGCGUCCCCGUCAACGGCAGCAACAACAACAACGGAAACGGCGAAGACGUCUGGUUACGUCACAGUGAAUUGAGAUCAUCCGAGUUCCCUGCACCGCCACUUCCGGCGACUUCCCCGCCGUUGAGUACGUUUUCUCCGCUGAAACCGCCAUCCGGUUAUCAGCACCACCACCAUCACCAGCAGCAGCACCAGAAGCAGGCUCAGAUGCAGGACCAGUUCCUCAAACGGGAACGCGAGCAGACGGCCAGCAACAACAACUACGUGGGCAGUAGCAGUUAUCUGAAGAUGAGCAGCCCAACGGGCCGGGAGACCAACAACAACAGCAAUAACGUCGCGUCACGAACCACGUGGCAUCACCACCUGCCCAUGCCGGCUCCGCCACCGCCUCAAGUCCCCCAGGGGUCCAACGGCGGAACGGAUUACAGCUACCAGCACCACCACCAACAGCAGACCAACAACGGAAGCAACACCUUCGGGAACAACAUCAACCUGGACGGAUACACUUCCGGCUGGGGACAAUCACGCCACGAAGCCAAUCGGCCGGCUUCGCUCCCAGUGGGAGGAGUUCCCCCGACGACCGUCAGCAGCCCCGGGGACAUGUCUGGCCUUGUUCUAGGAAGACACCAGCAGCAGUCUGCGGAAAGCUCCAGCGAAAGCGAAGCCAGCUUCAUCAAGGGCGGCGGAAGCACCAAGGAGGCCAAGGACAAGAAGGCCGGCAGCAGCGGAGUUUUCAGAAUAUUCUCCAAGAAGAAGUCCAAGAACCACAACUAGGAAGGCGGUAGAUAGUUGUUUCCUAACGCCGGGAAGGGAGUUUUGUAACAUAGCGAGAGAGCCUUCACAUUGUAAUUACUUCCGUAAGAAUAUUUUCUGUUUUAUCUAGAAAGCGGUUUAAAUCUUAGGAAUCAUCGAUUUGUUUUUGAGUUACAGUUCGAGUUUUGUUUUAUUUAAUUGCAAAAUGUUAUUUUAUCACAACCACACAACGGUAGGAAACUUGUAGUAUACAUAUAUCGAUUCAUUCAAACAUUUCUAACGGAAUAUUGUAGGAUUUUGUUUUUAAAAUAGAGCAUAUUGGCAAUGCAGCUUACCUACGAGGUAUGAGAAGAGUCGAAUAAACGAAGUGCAAGGCAGGUAGGCAAAGAGCUAAUUUAUAUAUUCUUAAAGUGUCAAUUCGUUUUCUUGAAAAUGUUAAGCGAUAAUGUAGUAAUAUAACUUUAGCCGUGUAUCUUAAAUAGCAGCGUUUUUGAUAUCUAUAGACAGCUCUUUAUCGGUAGAUCUAUAAACUUUAGUUUCUAACAAGUCAAUAACCGGGAGCGAAGAGUUACGAGAGUUACAGUCCAAAAGUGGCAACACAGUGUAGUUAAAGAACUUGUUAAAACUUGCAUAAAUUCUAGUUAAGACAAUAUGGUUUAGUAAAAAGAAUAUUGGAGUAAUAUAAAA